AUGGCUUCCUGCACUUCGUACAAGAUGAUGAGCGCCGCUGAGCGCAAUAAGAUGCUUUCCGGUCCCCGAACCGUCCUCCUCGUCGGACCUAAUCGCAAGUACUAUGGUCUUCCAACCCAACUCAUCUGUCGUAUGUCCCCACAUUUGGCUCGCCUUGUUGCAGAGUCCAAGGGCCAGAAGUUGGAGUUGCUCAAGGAAAACGUCGAGGAAUUUAACGUUCUUGUCGAAUUCAUGCUCCGAGGCGUCAUUCCAGGCGCAAAUGCCAAGCGAAGCAUCGAGGGCAACAAGUCUACCAUCGACCAAUGUUUGCGCUUCCUUGAGUCCGCAUACAAGUACCAAAUUGGCGACGUCUCCGAUGUUGUCUUUGAGCCACUGCUCAAGGCAUUCCUUGACCUGACCAACCACAAGUAUCGCAACGACUCAAACGACAUGAAGCGAAUCGCAAAGUCCGGCAUCCGAUGUGGUAUUGAGGCCAACGACAUCGAAACUAUCUUCGAGCUCUGCCCACCAGGAAACCGCCUCCGCACUCUUGCCACACAAGCUGCUCUCUCCUAUAGUGGUCCGGAAGGAGUCAACAUCUGGGACGAACAGAUGGAGAAUGUCUCCGGCUUUGCUACCGAGUUGAUGGAUCAAGUCGUCGCCGGGUUCUCCCGCCACUCAUGGGUUGAACCACUCACUAAGAUCGCUCGAAGAUGGGUUGAGCCACUGGCUAAGAUCACACGUCGUCAUUGAACGCUAGCUUUGAAGCCCUCAUUCCGCCCAGCUGAGACCUUCUGAUACUGAUCCGCGACCAUCGAGGUCUGGCACUGCAGACUUGGCCGGAUCCUAUCGGAGAAGGGCGAUCUUUCGGGCAUUGGAAGGGCCAACCACAAUGUUUUUCUGGAGGAUCUUUCGGCUUUCUUGUUUAGCGUUUUUCAUUUUCAGUGACAAGAGUUCAGGAGCCACUUGGAGUUCUGGGUUCGCACUUCACGAUAUCCAGGAGAAGCAUUGCGGGUUUUGGGGAGAACAGGUCACUUGUUUUGGAGGACUACUCCACGGAUGUUAGCGGAGUCUUUUGGCUUGCCAGGAGUUUUGGAUCUUGCGUGCACC